AUUGAAUUCAAUGAUUCAGUGAUUGUAUUGUUUUUCAUAACAUUUUCACUGUUUGUCAAUAAGUGUUGACUCAAACACUCAAUAGUUUUACAUUUGUUAAUACAUUUUGAAAUGUUUUCAUCAAUUGAUCACUAAAUUGAUUGACAUUAGGAUCAAGUGUUGACUUAUUUCAAGACUUGGAUUCAAUUGCGAUGCGAUGUCAGACAUGAAGAAGUGCGCCAAUGAUUUCAUAUUUGAUAGGGUUAUCGGUGAGGGAUCCUUCUCUACGGUUUUUUUGGGAGUAGAGGUUCACAGAUCUUAUGAAGUGGCCAUCAAAGUGUGUGAAAAAGCUUUAAUCAGAAGAGAGAAGAAAGAAAACGCCAUUUUUCGAGAGAAGACAUGUCUUCAUAUGUUAACCAUCAAUCCUUCGCCAUUCUUCAUACAAUUGUUGUGUACAUUUCAAGACGAAACCAGACUUUUUUUUGUUAUGAAUUACGCAAAGAAUGGUGAGUUGUUGUCAUUGAUAAAUGAGAGACAGGUCUUCAAUGACCAUUGCUGUCGGUUUUAUUCGGCCGAAAUUCUGUUGGCUUUAGAACACAUGCAUCGCUUAGGAAUUGUUCACAGAGAUUUGAAACCCGAAAAUAUACUAUUGAACGACAAAUUACAUAUUCAAGUAUCUGAUUUUGGAUCGGCAUUACUCAUGAAAGAGACCAACAAUGAGAAUAAUGACCGAUUGUCACCCAAUAGUGACGAUCAAAAUAAUGUUCGGCGAAGAAAUUCAUUUGUCGGAACAGCUCAUUAUGUUUCUCCCGAAAUGUUAACCAAUAAGACUAUUACUUCCAAUUCCGACUUAUGGGCGUUCGGUUGCAUCCUUUAUCAAAUGGUUUGCGGAUCGACACCAUUUCGGGCAGCAAAUGAAUAUUUAAUAUUUCAAAAAAUUAUUAAAUUAGAGUUUGAAUUUCCCCAAGAAUUUGACAAAACUGCCAGUAAUUUGAUUAAAAAAAUAUUGAAAAUUGAUGCAAAUGAUAGAUUGGGUUCUAGUGAUGACGUUAAAAAUGAUGGCUACAUUUCCAUUAAAUCUGACCCAUAUUUUAAAGCAUUAUCAGAUGACUGGUCAUUGCAUGAAAAGAAGCCUCCAGUUUCUGAAACAUAUUUUUCAAAUAAUUCCCGAAACGAUACAAAUAUUACAUCAAUUAAUGAGAACAUAGAGCCGGGUUUAGCUGAGAAUCAAAUCACUCGAAUUAUGGGUUUAGCUCUUCAUGAAGAUUAUGAUAAAGUGGAUUCAAAUACCAAAAAAGGUAUUCUUGACAUAACUGAAGUAGAGUUGAAUGAAAGGUUGAAUCAACAAAAGGAGCACAAUAUGUAUCAUCGAUUUGUUGAAAAUAAUUUGAUUUUAAAAGAAGGAUUUAUUGACAAAAAGAAAGGUCUAUUUGCUCGGAGAAGAAUGUUUUUAUUGACAACUGGACCGCAUUUGUAUUAUGUGGACUCAUCUAAUAUGGUUCUUAAGGGACAAAUACCAUUCUCGAAAAAUAUGAGACCAGAAGCUAAAAAUUUUAGAAAUUUUUUUAUACAUACGCCGAACCGGUCAUAUAUUUUGGAAGACAUAUCGAACAACGCUCCCGAAUGGUGUCGAGUUGUCGAAGAAGUUAGAGAUAUGACAUUUGGUCCACCGAUUGCAGAAGAGAACUCUACCGGUGUUGUUGGUAAAGAUGUCUGUCGACGCAAAAUUAGUGUUAAUAAUAAGUAUAGAUAAUAUUAAUUUAUAGUUAAUUUAGAAAAUUAUUUUUAAAUAAUUAGAUU